AUGUCCUGCUCAGCAUCAGAUAUUGACGAGCGCCAAAGCCGGCCGGCCCUCCUCCUCCUUCCUCUCUCUCUCUCUCUCUCUCUCUUGACACGCCACACACACACACUACCAAACACGUUCCUUAGUUUUCUGAGACGCCCCUUCUCCCUUAAUAUCCGCCACUCUUCGAAUAUUCUGAUUUCCCACCCGCCCUUUCCUCGUAAUUCUUCGUUUUCAUCGUUGUUUCUCUCCGCCGCUUCUCCAUCCCUCUUUUUCCUCACAAAACUUCGGCGCAUGCGGCCGUUAAUUUGAUCAACUAAACUCCCAUGAUGAUGUCGGUCGAUCCCACGUCGAAGAAACGUGGAAGGAGCAAACUGUUCACGUGCUUUAAGCCGGUGGUCGUCGACGGUGAUCAUGAAUCAGAUGGAGAUGAUCAGAGUGGCCGGAGAUUGAAGAAGAGGGACUCCCAGAGUUUUACUGUCGCCGUCAAGGCCGUUCUCUUCAAGGCCUCGCCGCUGAAGAGAUCCCGGAGUGAAAGCGCAAAGCACGAUUUCUAUCGCCUGACGAGCAGCUUACAUUUAAAAAGCAAAAAGCUCGUCAGGUCCAUGAAGAAGAAUCUAUCAUACCCGUCAUUCUGGGCCCCCGUCGACAACAGUCUCCGGACAGCUUCAUCAACUCGUUCUUCACUAUUUUCAUCAACCUCAUCAAGCCGGCGAACGAACUCCUCAUCAGUACUGUCUUCUCCGAGAGCCUCUUUGACCUCACCGGCCAACUCUAGACUGGAAGAAGCCGCAGUGAGCGUGAGAAGGUCUGCGGCUCUUGAUUUCAGACAAAGGAGUCCGCCGACGUCAAUGAUCAACAGUCAGAAACCAAUGAGGAAAGAUCAUGUGGGGAGCAAGGCAUGUGUAUGUAACCAUAUUCUUGAAAUGUGCGUGCUCUUGGCUUGUUUGAUUGCCUUAGUUUUUUGUGGGAAGGCUUUAGCCAUAAUGACCUGCACUUCGACGUGGUUGUUGAUCGGCUCCGGCUGCCAGGGCCGGAUGGGGAGGGCCGUCGACUCAUUGGAAAACAAUGACGUCUUGGACUCGGAGGAGCACAAGAAAAUGGUGAUCAUGAAAGGGUUGUUGGAAAGGAAUCGAUCUAGGGGACUAUAGUUGUGAACUAGUCCAAUUUUGUUCCAUAUGUUUGGUACUUAAUUCGGAGCAAUAUUGGCAUUUUUGUUAUGAAUUUUUGUCUUUGAUGUUGUUUCCAAGAGUUGUAUUUCUUGUUUGUGAAGGGGAUAAGCGAAGUUUAAGCCCCUUUGUUUGAUUUAUGACUUGUUUGUUCUUGUAUUUGACUUGCGAGGACUAUUUUUGUGAACAACAUAUCUUUGAUUUUUAAAGUUACGUAUGUUAGUUAUCCGCAAACAAUGUUAA